UAUGCAGCGCAUUGUAGAUUGCUCGUCUAUUUAGUUUCAAUUAGACCGUCGCGAUGAGUGCAACAAAUAACGGGAAUAACGCGCAGCGCACAACAGACAUCACCACAGACAACACAACCGCACCAACGGCAGUCACACCCACAGCACGCUUGCCCGGCGCAUACAGCGAAUUGGAUGUGCAGCAACGCGGUCCGAUAUGCGUGAUCACGUUCAAUCGCCGCGCUGUGUGUAACGCGCUCACUCGCCGCGGUUACUACGAAUUGAUACGCGCGCUCGCCGAUGCCACAUUCGAUGACACGAUUACCACCAUCGUUAUAACAGGCGCCGCCGGCUACUUUUCAGCAGGCAAUGACCUAACACAACUGCGCCGAUAUGGCGAUGCCAAAGCGUUCCUGCGCUCCGCCGACUAUGUGCUGCGCUUGCUGAUCAAAGCAUUCAUUUUCUGUCCGAAGGUGUUGGUGGCGCUCGUCGAUGGCGCCUGCAUUGGCAUGGGUUUCGUAUUCGCUGCGCUUUGUGACGUCGUCUACUGCACGGAACGCGCCUACUUCCAAGCGCCUUUCACACAGCUCGGCAUCUGUCCUGAAGGUUGUCUCACCUACUUGUUGCCGCAAUUGUUGGGGCGCGUCAAAGCGGCGGAGCUGUUGUUGUUCGGCGCAUCUAUGAGCGCGGAAGAGGCGCUGCAUUUUAAUUUUGUAGCGCGCAUAAUUCCAACCACGGAGGUAGAGACUCAAUUUUGGUCGCCGCUGGAGCAGCGCGCACGUUUGCCGGUAGAGUCGCUGCGCGCCACAAAGCGUCUGUUUAGUCAGUCGGAGCGCACACAAUUGUUGCAAACGCUGCAGGCUGAAUGUCGCGAAGCCCUGCACUUGCGCAUGGGUGGGACAUAUCAGCGUGCCAUUGCGGCGUUCGUAGAGCGUAAGGGGCGGGAAAGUGGCGAGUUGAAUAAAAGUAAAUUGUGAACGAAAUAUUUAAGCGAAACUCUAAGUGUGUGUUUUAUUACUGGCAUAAGAUUGGAUUUAAGUGGAAGUGCUGUGCUUAGGGUACUGAGUAGCUUAUGUUCACUUAAAGAUAGCUUCUCUCGGUAAAGAGUUUCUCAUGACUUCGUACUAGCGAUGAAUCUUCUAACGGACGAUGUGACUUUUAAGCGGUUUCUAUCUUCUAAACCAAUUUUUACCCUAAGUUACUCUCAGAUCAGUUCUCCCAAGACUGUCUUGUACCUCUGCCACCAAGAGAUCAACAUCAAUUAAGACAACACGAAGAAAUUUCUAUCCGAUUUGUGUUUUCGACACUUCCAAGGCGCCUCUGGUUACUUUCCGAAUUACAAUUCCCCCCAAGAUCUUUCUGUAAUUCAACUAUGAGAGCAAUUCAAUCACAAACGGAUCUUAAGAUUCGUUCAAUUUAAUAAAUAUUAUCUUUUAGGACUUCAGGUGCUACAAUAAAAUAUCAGUUAGAAAAUCUAUCGUUUAAAAGAUCAACAGCUCUAAAAUAAUAUGAAAGAUUUGUUGGACUCUUGCCGAAGAGGCCCUUUCAAAUUGAAGUAUUAUGUGUAUUAAAAUGCUUGAAAAUAUGCGAUAAUGUAUCUCCGAAGCAUUAGAUACGGUAUUUCUCUAACGAUAGAACCUAGUGGGAAAAAAAGUCUGAUACUGCCUUCAAGUCUACAAAGCUUAAUGGACCUAGUUAAAAAUGUUUCCUUACAAAGGUAUAACUUAAUUUUAGAUGGUCUUUAAUUUGAGGUUUCGGUUAAAAUGUUUACGGAUUUAGAACCCUGAACGAAUUCAAUCUCUUACGUAGCUCACCAAUUUAUGUUGUAGAGCUAUCAACGGGGAGACCUCACUACAUCAAGCUGAUAUUUCAACAAUUGGAGAAGUUUUUUUUUCGAUUUGCUGCAGUCUUCUUUAAUCGAGGAGCUCUGAGGUCUGAAAAGUUUCUUGAUGUUGUCAUACAUCUCCAGUAUUCAGAUCUAUAAGCAAACAGUGAAUAAUAGUUCUGACCUUAGUACUAGUUCCAAACUCAAAACUAAAUCGGGAUAGAAAACGAAGUCCGUAAUGGAAUGGACUGAUCGGACCAGCUUCUAGAGAGAGAGUAAAUGUUUCUUCCGAAUUACUAAGAUAUUCUGAUUCGAGAAGAGAAAGUUCAAUAAGAAAUUGAGCUAAAAUCCCAAAAUACAUCAGGUGUAUAAUAAAUACCACAGAACAGUCAACGAAAUGAAUAUUGAAAAAUAUUUUUUAACACCUUAAGGUGUUGGUAAAGUUAAAUAUGUUGCGGAAAUUAAUUUGUAAAACCACUUAAAUUAUUCUAAGAUCUUCGUCUUGGACAUCCAAAGGAAACCAGACUAUAAAGAAAACUAUGAUCUAAAGUUCUUACAUUUUGUAUUGUUAUGGAAUGCUUUUUGAGCCUUUAAAAACUCUGAAAUUACUUUUGUCUAGCAUAAUAUGGCUUCAUAAUCAGUUUUGUUCACAAAAUACGAAAUUUUAGUGAGUAGAGUAUGUAUAUAUAAUAACAUAUUAAAUAAUGUAACUCAGAUUAACUAAAUAUUUGCUUUAUAAAAGCUCAAAAAGUCUACUUUUGAUUUGGUCCUACAGUUUGAACUAAGGUUAACAACAACAAAACGAAGUAUAUAAGAUAGAUAAUCUCAAGUUAAACCGAUAACUUCAAAUUUCUUUGAAAUCUCUGUUUGAGCUUAUCAACAUUAGUACUGGAGUAGGGACAAAUGUUAGAACAUAUUAGCAACGAAGGAAAUAGCAGAAUAGUUAAGGUUUUAUUAAUUUAGGUUGAAAGAUCGGUAUAAGAUUUUCAAAAUAUUGUAUUUUUCUUAGAUUUAAAUAAAAUUUAUUUAAAAAAUAUUAUCAUAAGUAAAAGUCUUUGCACUUACCUGGUACGCUCAUAAGAAUGCAGAGCUGAUUGUAGAGAGUUCAAUGCCUUGUUAUCAACUGGAAAAUAAGAAAAAAAAGUAAGCAGUUUAUUAAGAGAUUGUGUUUUGUGAAGUAAUAUAUAUAGUAUAUCUUAUUAUUAUUUAAUUUGUAAACAACGCGUUUUGUCAUAAAAAAUUAACACUCUCCCCUCAAUAAAUAAUAAUAUAUUAAACAUAACCUGUUAUUAUAUUAAUAAAAAGGGUAUAAUUUGUAUAAAAAUAAACUCUUUUUAUGAUUAAAACGCAGACGUCUGAAUGUGAGCACUCAUUUAAGCAUAUGAAAGCAUGUGAGUUGGCUUGCUAAAAAGGGGUGAGAAGGCGAACGACUUAACUGCAAUAAAUAAUUUUUUCGUUAAUUAUUGUUUUCAUUUCAAUAAAACAACAUGCAAUUUGUUUUUCAGCAAGUGAAUAAUGCUUUGUAAACAGUAUACAGUAGCGCCGAUAAACAAAAAAACGAAUAUUUAAAUAAGAUAAAAAAAAGUUGCAAUUUUAUAAAAACCGAAAAACCCUUCCGAGGAGAAAAAAACGAUCAUAUGAUCAUCUGAUUCGAGAACAAGUAGUGAUAGCCGACUGUUACUUGAGAACGAGACGCUGCCCACCUGUGCAAUACCGACGAAAGGCAACGCGGCAGCGCGCACAUUUUGCACAAUCGCUGUGGCGAGUUCGUAAUAAAAAAAAAUAAAAUAAAAAUAAAAAUAAAAA